UAGGGGUCAGGAGGACUUAUGAGAGAGGGGGGUGAGUCGUUAUCCAUCUUUGGAGGCCGGGCCUCACAGGUUAGACAAGAGGGGAUCUCCAGGUAAUCUGAUUGGGCCCGUUCGAUAAGUCAGUCCUCUCUUCUGUUUUAUUUUAUUUAUUUAUUUAUUUAUUCUUUUAAUUUGCUACGGGCCAUUCUCUAAGUCCAAAUGAAUCACCGCUCCGGCUAGGAGUUCUACGUUCUACACUGUGUGAUUUACCGAUUGUUUCUUUCAUCUGAACUAUCUAUGUCCAGUAUUGAGACACGUGCGCAGACAGGGGGAAGAGAGAGAAGGGAGAAAGGUGUUCUGUUUGAGAGUGUGAGGAAGGGCAAGAGCAGUGUUCGUCCAAACGUGAGGAGAGAGCGGACCCCUCUUGAGAGAUCUACUAACACCCCUUCCUCUGGCAUGGCGGACAUCACAUCUGCCCAAUGGCAGGCCAUGCUGGACGCAGCGGAUGAGAACGAGAAACCGUUCUUCCGAAAGCUUUAUGACGAUGCCGUGCAGAGGGAGAGAGAGGUAGAGGCAGCAGCCAGAGCCACAAGCAUUGCUGAUCAGGUGACCCUCCUGCAGGUCCCGAAAGCGAAUGCUGACCGGUUCCAAGAGAGGCUAGCUGCUGCCGUAGCAGCCUUGGUUCGACUGCGGACCUUGGAAGACCUUGAGUCCCGUGUGACAGCACUGGAGCAGUGGAACCAAGAGCUGCAGGCUGAGAUACUCAGCCUCAAACAGUCCCAACUGUCUGCCCCCCGUCCCCCUAACCCUCGACCUGCUAUAGUCCCAGUCUCUCAACCCAACAAAGUCCUCAUGACAAGAGCAAGUGGAACUGUGACGAGCACAAAAACCGGUGCCAGCUCCUCAAGCAGCAGCGCUGGCAGUUUUGCACUAGUUAUAGUUCCAAAUGCAGGAACAUCAACCCAAAACGCCACAGUUCCUACUGGCGUACAGUACAGCGGUCCCGUAGUGGACAAGCGGGCGGCCACUCUGCCGUCCAAGUACGACGUGAAGGGGACAACACCUCUUGGAUUAGUUCCAUGGGCUCAUACGUCGAGGUCAUGACUGUUAUCGUCUGCAGGGAAACAGGCAAAGGGCGUAGAAGAGUCGUCAACACUCUCUACAAUAAGGGAAGCUGAAGCGUCAGUUGCAGGCUCCUCCAAGGAGACUGAAUCAGAUCAACAGCCUGCCCCUGAAGCCCGGAACGACGUUGAAUCCAACGCUGCUGCAGUUAAUGUACUGUACACUGAGCCUUGGGAGGAGUCUAAGGAAGUUGACUUCCACGCUCGCCUGGAACAUUGGCUGCAGCUCAAGCAGCAACGCCGUGUUCAAGGGAGUGUGAAGCUAACCUUCUUUAAACUGCUCAUUAACCGCCGAUACAUCCGCGUGCUGAUUGAUAGUGGUUCAACCACCAAUUUCUUUUCUCCUAACGGGAUUCAUAAGGCGGGCCUGGGAAUGAAGCAAGUGGAAUUGCAGAACCCUUACCGGACCCAGGUGGGCAACCAAGAGGUUGUCACCUCCACACAUGCUGUCAAAGUUGUAAUUGCUGUAAAUUCUCGAUCUGAUUUUCCUUCUCCUGAUGAGGAUGAUCCUCCACCGGAAGUCCCAACGAACAUUCACUGUCUAUUAGAUCGAUUCCCUGAAGUUCUAGCCGAACCUCGUGGAGUUUUCGAGCGUCCGGUCAAACACAAAAUCGAGAUAAUAGAAGGAAGUGUUCCUCCAAAGGGCUGCGUCUACCGUAUGGGACAAGGCGAGUUGGAGGAGUUGAGGAGGCGAAUUGAUGACAUGAUUGACCGUGGAUGGAUUAGGCCUAGUGAGUUUGAGUUCGGUGCACCUAUCCUGUUUGUGCCGAAGAAAGGAGGCAAACUCUGGAUGUGCAUUGACUAUUGUGGCCUAAACCGUAUCACCCGAAAGAAUGCGUAUCGUUUGCCUCGCAUCGAUGAUCUGCUAGAUGCGGCAGGUGGGUGCAAGGUCUUCUCCAAGAUCGACCUCAAGUCUGGUUACCACCAGAUUGAAGUUGAUCCGAGUGACCAGCACAAAACUGCAUUCAAGACAUGCGAUGGGCUGUACGAGUUCAUCGUUAUGCCCUUCGGUCUUACGAAUGCAACAACCACAUUUCAGUGCUUCAUGGACAAGGUUCUCCGCCAUCAGCUGAACAGGUUUGUUGUUGUUUACCUCGAUGACAUCCUGAUUUUCAGCAAGUCCAUGGAAGAGCACGUCAAGCACCUCGAGGAAGUUUUGCAGGUCCUCAAGGAGGCACAACUGCACCUCAACUUAGAGAAAUCUGAGUUUGGAAGGGACAGCGUCAUCUAUCUUGGGCACCGGUUGUCUGCAAAAGGCCUUGAGUCGGAGGCAACCAAGGUUGAGGUCAUACGAAAGUGGCCUCAGCCGGCAAACGUACGCGAACUGCGUUCUUUUCUGGGUUUGGCCUCGUAUUAUCGGAAGUUUGUGCCCAAAUUUUCUGUCAUUGCUCACCCACUAUCAAGACUAACAUGUAAGAAUGUUGCCUAUGCGUGGUGUGAGAAAUGUGAGACUGUGUUCCAAGCCUUGAAAGAGGCAUUGGAAACUGAAGGAGGAUCUGGUCGAACACACCGCCAAGGAUCCGACCUUAGUCCCAUCCUUGAGCAGCUCAAGGCUGACCCUAAUAGUCAACCUGAUUUUCAUGAGUGCGAGGGUCUUGUAUUCCGCCGGUAUGGGAAGUUUGAUCGUUUGUGUGUACCCAACCAUGCGCCUCUCCGGACUCAUUUCUUGGAUUUGGCACAUGGUCGGAGUGGACACUUCGGCUUUGAAAAGACUUAUGGAAGCCUUUUGCAACAGUUUGAUUGGCCGGAAAUGAAAGGAUCUGCUCAGAAAUUUAUUGCUGAAUGUCAGGUUUGUCAAAGGACCAAGGUCCAUAGGCAUAAGCCUUAUGGCCUGUUGAAGCCCCUCCCCAUUCUUGAUGGACCCGGUGAGUCGAUUUCCAUCGACUUCACGGACAUGGGAAAGGUGAGUGAGGCAGAGAAUUCACAAGUCAUGGUCAUCGUAGACCGCUUUUCCAAAAUUUUGAAUUUGAUUCCUUUUCCUCCCCAUGCCCCAACUGAGCUUGUCAUCGAAGAAUUUCAUCAGCAGUAUAUUCUGCAGUUUGGCCACCCGAAAACUAUUGUGAGUGAUCAGGACACCAGAUUCAUUAGCAAAGAUUGGAAGGACUUCACUUCUCAGAUCUACGAUGUUAAACUCAACAAGACUUGUGGUCGACACCCCGAAGACAAUGGAUUGGCUGAGGAAAUCAACCAGACUGUCAUCCAACUACUUCGCGCGCUAAUUGUUCCAGAUCAGAACACGUGGGACAAGGAGUUGCACAAAGUGAAGGGGUUGUGCAACAAUUCCAUUCACUCUGCAACGGGUGUGACACUGAAUCAGCUGCAAUACGGAUGGCAGCUGCGCAAUCCUCUCUCCUAUCUGUUCCUCGAACGGUCACCUGCUCUGAUGCCCGGCAUGCUUGGCUACAAUGCCAAGUAUGCACGCUUGCUCAAAGCUGCUAUCGCAGCAAUGAACAAGCGUCAGCAUGCCAUGAUCAAACAUGCGAAUAAGUUGCGCAAAGAAGCGAACUUCAAAGUAGGGGAUUAUGUCUGAGUCAAAAUGUCCGAGUUUUUUGAUGAAGAGGGCGUAUCACGGAAGCUUCUUCCAUUGUAUUAUGACCCUUGGCACGUUUCGAAGGUGAUUGGGGAUGAUUUUGGUCCUUCAUAUGUGAUUGAUGUGCCUCCUCAUCUGCGCACAUAUCCGGUCUUUCAUGCAUCCAAACUGUUUCCACACAUCGAUAAUGAAACUUUUCCCUUCCCAGAUCCUAUGAUACCUCGUCCUAUCGACGGCGUCCAUGAGAUAAACAAAAUCGUUUCCCAUGA